AUGAUACGCCCGGCGCCCGACGGGCCCCCGGCGGGCGCGGGCGGCGGGCGGGCGUCGCCCCGCAGCCCGCUGCUGGCCGCCACGCCAGCGGAGCCGCGGCGGCGAGGCUCAUGGAGGUGCGCGCUCGGGGCGCUGUGGCUGGUCGUCAUGGUGUCCCUCUCGGCGUGCCUGCACGCAGACGCCGGCAGGCUCAUCUCGUCGGCCCUGGCCUGGGCGUCGCAGUCUGGCUGGAGGGCCUCGGUGUACAUCGUCCUGGGCUGCGUCGGCCUCAGCCUCGCCAUGCUGCCGACGAUGCCGCUCAUGCUCGGCUCUGGCGCGCUGUUCUGCCACAUGUACGGCCUGGUGUGGGGGGCGGCUGUUGGCGUCGCUGCCAUGAUGUGCGGAGUCUGGCUGGGGAGCGUCUGCGCAUUCAUGCUCGGCCGCAGCGUAUUUCACGAGUGGGCCCAGCGCGAGCUGCAAAGGCACCCCUGGAUGCAGGCGGUGGAGCGUAUGAUCCAGGAAGAGGGUCUGAGGGUCGUUCUGCUGCUGCGCAUGAGCCCCAUUCUUCCAGCCGAUGUUUUCAACUACGCCUGCGCAGCCACGUCGAUACCGCUCUACGACUACGCGCUGGGCUGCUUAGGUUCCGUUGUGCCCAUCAGCUUCUGGGUCGUCAGUGCCGCCCAGGGCACGCACAUGGCGAAAAGGAACAGCCAGCCCCUCUCAGCACAAGGGGCAGCGCUCCUGAUCCUCCUCAACUUUGUGGUGUUCGCGCUGCUCACGGUGACCGGAUACAUGAUGUACCGGAAGCACGAACAGAAUUCUGAAGGCACGGAUGUGGAUCGGGUUGUGCGGAGUCCACCUCAAGACUUGCAUCCUUCCCCGAGAACUGGUCCUUGA